CUUUCUAACGCCUUCCAUACUCGUUUGGCAGCAAUAGAAAAGAAAAGGCUAGGCGAAGCAAAGCCAAAGCUACUUUACUUACUUGGAAUAUAAAGUUCCUGGAUUAUUAACAGAUAGGUGAACCAUGAUGGAAUUGAGGAAAGCGUUUCAGCUCAGUGUGUGUUUGAUGUUGAUUCUGGUAGAGGCACGGAAUAGUAAAUCAAGAGAACAUCAAGGGCCACCGCACAUUAUCUUCAUUGUAGCUGAUGAUUUGGGUUGGGAUGAUGUCAGUCUGCAUGGAUCAAGCCAGAUACUCACUCCGAACAUUGACAGGUUGGCCCAAGAGGGCGUGACGUUGACAAACUACUAUGUGUCACCCAUCUGCACUCCGACAAGAAGCGCCAUCAUGACGGGCAGGCACCCUAUUCAUACAGGCAUGCAACAUGAUACAAUAGCAGCCGAUGAGCCAUGGGGAUUGGGUCUGGAUGAGAAGACUAUUGCUCAGCAUCUGAAAUCAUUGGGAUACAGCACUCAUGCAGUUGGGAAGUGGCAUUUGGGUUAUUAUGCGGAGGAGUACAUUCCAACGAAGAGAGGAUUCGAUUCAUUCUUUGGCUACUAUAACGGGAGAGGGGACUACUUCACACAUGAGGAUAAUAAGGCUGGUUGUGCCGGUUACGAUCUUCACAAGAAUGGAGAGGUCUACUGGAGCGCAUUUGGUCAGUAUUCUACAGAAAUAUUCACCAGAGAAGCUCAGCAGAUUAUUAUGGACCAUAAUGCCUCUCAGCCGCUGUUCUUGUAUCUUGCACACCAAGCAGUGCAUGCAGGUGUGUAUGGAGCUCAUCUGCUAGAGGCUCCUUACAAGUAUUACCAGAGGUUCCCUCAUAUCAAGUCAGAAGGGAGAAGGAAGUAUGCAGCGAUGGUUGCGGGUUUAGAUGACUCAGUCGGGAACAUCUCCAAGACGCUACGGGAUACAGGUCUUUACGAUAACUCCAUCAUCGUCUUCACGACUGACAACGGAGGCCCCACCAAUGGCUACGACGGCAACCACGCAAGUAACUGGCCCCUCAGAGGGUGCAAGCAUACGCUAUGGGAGGGCGGGGUCCGGGGCACCGCCUUCGUGAACAGCCCCCUCAUUGAGAGACCAAGACGCUUCAGUGACCGGUUGAUGCAUGUCUGUGAUUGGCUCCCAACGCUCUAUGGCGCCGCCGGGGGUGACCCGAAGGACCUUGUGAAUUUAGAUGGAUACGACCAAUGGGAUGCAUUGUCAAUGAAUGCAAAUUCACCUCGGAUUGAGGUUCUUCAUAACAUCGAACCAAUCUUCAACUACUCAGCUAUCAGGAUAGGCGAUUAUAAACUUCACUAUGGUGCUUUUUCAAGUCGUUUUUCUGGAUGGUAUCCACCUGAAGGAGAGAAUUGGAAUGAAACAGAGAGAGUUCCCAAUGCAUUUGUAGUAAACUGUCCACCCAAACCAGAAAAUGCCUCAACAAACUGUGAUUAUGAGAAUAACGAGCCUUGUCUUUAUAAUAUCAGGGAGGAUCCUUGUGAAUAUAAUAAUAUAGCAGAGUGGAACCAAGCUGUAGUCCAGAUCAUGACGUUAAGACUGGAGCAACUUCGGCAAUCAGCAGUCGACCCAAGGAACCAGCCUGGCGAUCCUCGGAGCAACCCAAAGGAACACGGAAACGCAUGGGUACCCUGGGUGGAAUUAUAGCAGUACUGGAAAGUUGUAUCGAAGUGAUGACAUCACACACAAAAAAAUAUGACAUGAAAUUAUUUUUUGGUGUAUUUCGGCAUUUUUGCAACCAUGCUACCAUGUAUUGGCAGAGCACGAUGAAACACAUCCACAACCAAAAUUUAGUUGUAUUGUUCCAAAGGGAUCAAGGGUAUGACAGUGUGACUACGAGCCUAGCGCCAUUUAAGUCAGUGUAUAUUAACCUGGUUUCAAGCAGUUAUGAACUCAUUUUACAAUGAUUUUAAUAGAGCAUAUUAAGUAUUUGACAAUACUUUGACCGACAAAUUAAAGAGCGAUUCAUGACAAAUUUGGUACAUGUAGGUUUAUCGUGCUCUUCUGGAAUAUGGCAAUGAAAAUACUGAAAUGCACAAAAAGAUGACAUCAUCUGCCAAGUUGCCAAGUUGUGAGAUUUUUGGUGUAGAUGGUGGUGUUUUGUAAUGUAUGCCAUUUGUAAAGUUAUGUGGGACCUUCACCACGCAUGGGAAUGUUCUUAGGUGCAAGGUCACUAGCCACUUGUGUUGAGUAAGUAAACCUUCGCACAUCGGCACGCGGCUGUAUAUAAAACAUAUGGGGAAAAUAACAGAUGGGAUUGGGAGAGGGCGCACGACGGGGAUAAUUUCACCUUUCCUUUCCCACAAACCUCUAAAAUAUAUUCAUUUCUAAUUAAAAAGAAAAAAAUUGAAGAAAAUUUUUAUUCAAAUGUCAAAAUCAUCUCUUCCUCCACCCCUCUUCCAUUUUCCUCAUAAGUUUUGUACACAAUUCAAAACGGCGAUCCGCGAAGGCUGGCGAAGGUUUACUUACUCAACGCUGUGGGGCAUAGCAUUGGGCACUCUUCCCAAGUGUUUUGUUAUGUGCUUUAUUGACUUUCCAGUCUUCCACUUGUGUCUUUGUUUUUACCUUUUGAAAGCACAAAUGUUGUCAUAUCAGGAUUUUAAGAAAUAUUGUUGAAAAUAGUGUAGUGAUGUGUGAAGGGGUUUAAAGGGGAAGUUCACCCUGAAGAAAACUUUGUUGUGAAAAUAGCAGAAAAGAUAGUA